UUGAGUCGGCGGCACGCGCUGUCCUCCAGGAAACCCGUUCAUCUUAUGGGACCAGAGUGCAGAUGUGAAACAGACUACCGAAAAAUCAGCAAGUGUUAGUGUGGAGUUUGUUUGUUUGUUUUUGGAAACCUGUGACAUUUAAGUGGAGACGCAUAAAGACGAAAUGGGAGGAAACUGCAGAGCUCGAAUAGCCGGCGCACUUGAAGACGAAGACGUGAUUUGGAUGUGAAUAGAAAAUUUCCUUUUAAGGAGCCAUCUCAAGGUUCCUGUAAUCUCAGCCAUGGCCCAUUACUGGACAUUGGGUUUAGCACAUUUCUGUCUUGCUGGUCAGCUCCUCUUACUUCUAUUAUCAAAGUCUUCUCUGUCAGUGAGAGCACCCACCUAUCACUUGCAGAAUCCCCACAUCCCUUCUCUGGUGCCUCAACCCCCCGUAGUCCUCUCUCGCUCCCGUUUCAGUGCAAAGGCCCAGCUGGACUUUACUACCCACUGCGAUGCCAGCUGUUACCACAAGGUAGAAGACAUUGACAAAGAACAUCUAACUGAGCAGCUGGCUUUUGAAACACUGUAUGCCGAUGGCUCACGUACACUAACCACUGUCAGUCUGGAAGGUGAAGAUAAUGACAGCAACAUCUUGCCUGUACUGUCCCACAAAAGGAAGCAUAAACUCCCAUCUUUCCCACACAAAAGAACAAGGAGGCAAAUCUAUGGUGCAGAUGGACGCUUCAACAUUCGUGGUGAUCAUUUCCUGUUGGACUACCCCUUCUCCACAGCCGUACGCAUCUCGACAGGCUGCACUGGUGUUCUGGUAUCCCAACAGCAUGUGCUGACCGCUGCCCAUUGUGUACAUGAUGGAAAAGAUUAUGUCAAAGGUGCACGCAAGCUCAGAGUGGGCUUCCUCAUCCCACCUUCAGCUAAUAGCACCAAAGAAGACAUGAAAAAGCCCUUGGUGCGCUGGGUAAGGGUGCGGCGGAUGCGUGUCCCUAAAGGCUGGAUACAAGGACCCCAGGAUGUCAGCAUGGAUUAUGACUAUGCCCUUCUGGAGCUGCGUUGGCCACAUCGCCGCCCCUUUAUGCGUCUUGCCGUAGCGCCUUUUGCUAACGAUUUGGCGGGAAAACGCAUCCAUUUCUCUGGGUUUGACAGUGAUAGGCCUGGAGAACUUGUGUAUCGUUUCUGCUCUGUAGAAGAUGAGAGUAAUGAUCUAAUCUACCAGCAUUGUGAUGCGAGACCUGGGGCCAGUGGCUCUGGGGUGUAUGGCCGUGUGUGGGACAGUGUUCUGGAGCGCUGGGAACGCAAAGUGAUUGGCAUCUUCUCUGGACACCAAUGGUUGGAGAUCAAUGGCGAGAGCCGUGACUACAAUGUAGCUGUCCGUUUCACACCACUGAAAUUUGCUCAGAUCUGUUACUGGGUGCAUGGAAACGGAGCAGAGUGUAGUCAGAACUGAUUUAGAUAAGCAUGAGAAGAUGGAAGGAAAGGAAAGAAAAACUCAUCCAUGAACAUGGCUUUUACAGUCGGUACUUUUAUAGACAAAACUAUUACAGUCAAAUCAAGAUACAGUCCUUUGAAAGAGGUUAUCAAAUGAUUCUCGAUUUGAUCAUCAAAGUUAAUCCAAAUUGGAUCAGAUAUCAUGUUUGCAUUAAAUUGGGCAUUUAUUUAAAGAAGUAAAACACUGUUGCCUCUCUAUUUUAAUAUAUUCAUCUUGGGACUCCUGAGAAAAGAAGCAGAAGGGUGAGGAAUUGUGCACUUACAGUGUCUUGCAAAAGUAUUCAUCCCCCUUGGUGUUUGUCCUGUUUUGUCGUAUUACA